UGUGGUUCUGUGUGGUUCUAUGUUGCGUAUCAUUUUCUGGUGCCAAUCAAGUAUCUUUGCUCUAGUGUCUCUCGCUAGUUGUCGCCCUUUGAAGCAUUUUUCCCCAAAGGAAGAUGGCGGUGCAGGAAUCAGCUGCUCAACUCUCCAUGGCUCUGAAAGUCCAAGAAUAUCCUACUUUAAAGGUACCCUAUGAGACGCUGAACAAGCGCUUCCGGGCUGCGCAGAAGAACAUCGACCGCGAGACCAGUCAUGUGACCAUGGCCGUGGCGGAGCUGGAAAAGACCUUGAGCAGCUUCCCGGUGAUGGACUCAGUGGUGUCUCUGCUGGACGGUGUGGUGGAGAAGCUCAGCGCUCUCAAGAGGAAGGCGGUGGAGUCGAUCCAGGCGGAGGACGAGAGUGCCAAGCUGUGCAAGCGGCGCAUUGAGCACCUGAAGGAGCACAGCAGCGACCAGCCGGCGGCGGCCGGGGCCUGGAAGAGGAAGCGCAUGGACCGCAUGAUGGUGGAGCACCUGCUGCGCUGCGGAUACUACAACACCGCCGUCAAGCUGGCGCAGCAGAGCGGCAUCGAGGAUCUGGUCAACAUUGAGAUGUUCCUCACUGCCAAAGAGGUGGAGGAGUCUCUGGAGCGACAGGAAACUGCUACUUGCCUUGCCUGGUGCCAUGACAACAAGUCCCGCCUCCGCAAAAUGAAGAGCUGCCUGGAGUUCAGCCUGCGCAUUCAGGAGUUCAUUGAGCUCAUCCGGCAGAACAAGCGCAUGGACGGCGUCAGGCAUGCACGCAAGCACUUUAGCCAAGCUGAGGGGGGGCAGCUGGACGAGGUGCGGCAGGCCAUGGGGAUGUUGGCCUUCCCCUCAGACACUCACAUCUCCCCCUACAAGGACCUCCUGGACCCUGCUCGGUGGAAGAUGCUGAUCCAGCAGUUUAGAUACGACAACUACAGACUGCACCAGCUGGGAAACAACUCCGUUUUCACCAUCACACUCCAGGCCGGACUGUCCGCUAUAAAAACACCGCAAUGCUACAAGGAGGAUGGCACUUCCAAGAAUGCAGAUUGUCCCGUGUGCAGCAAGUCUCUGAACAAGCUGGCCCAACCCCUGCCCAUGGCCCACUGCGCCAACUCCCGGCUGGUGUGCAAGAUCUCGGGAGAGGUGAUGAACGAGAACAACCCACCCAUGAUGCUGCCCAAUGGCUACGUGUAUGGGUACAAUUCUCUGCUCUCCAUUCGCCAAGAUGACAAGAUCACCUGCCCCAGAACCAAAGAGGUGUUCAGCUUCUCCCAGGCCGAGAAGGUCUACAUCAUGUGAGACCGGAGGUGUGUGGGGAGGUUCGGCCCGGCCCAGAGUCCGAUGGCCAGCUGCCCCAAGGCCCCAAGAGCUGUACACUGAUGCCGUUGUUCCCUGUGACCAAAUCCCAACACACACCCACACCCGCCUCCACCCUAGUUCACCUCUGCCCAUCUCUCCCAGCAAGCACCCCACCUCCACACUGUCCCUCUGGAAAUACCACAAAACUUAUUCUACUGCUCGUACCCUACCUAUUUGUAGUUACUCCAACCAUUACCCCUCUCCCUUUGCAAAUGCCCCAAAUCUCUCGCCUGUCCGUCUGCUAAUAAGCCAAACGUCACCAUUCUACUGCUGCAACACCCCACCCUCAUCCACAUCUCUGCGAUUACCCCAACCGCCUUCUUUCAUAAUCUUUCACUGCAAAAGCCCCUUGUCUGGUUUUUAAAAAUGGGCUAUACCCCACUUACACCUACCUCUGUGUGCAACUACCCCACUUCCACUUCCACUGUAGUUGCUGCAAUGGCAAAAGAACCUGGAGGAUGGAAACAUGGAGCAAGAGGGAAUUUGGGGGAUUUGAUUGACACACUGAACGUUAGUUCAUAAUCAUAUAGCAUAUAGUGGUGACACUGAAGCACAAUGAUUAUUGUGCUAUAUGUGACAGGGCUCUGAUUUAACAUUUCAGAACAGUUUUGCCUUUUUAAUCUUGAAGUAGGUCGGUCCCUGUAUAAUGUGACCUCAUUGGUGUUGACCAACAACACUGUUUUUUUAUAAGACGUGUAUAUAUAGCACAAGACAAAGGGACUAAAAUUAGCAGAGAUUCUUUUUUUUUCUUUCUUUUUUUCUUUUUUCUUCCCCUAGAAUGUUCCAUAAAUUGGAACUCAUUAAUAGUCCUCAAGCUGGACACUGCUGUUGCACGCACCAUACCUCUCUUUAACUCUUACUCCUUCCCCCUUUCUCCUCCUCUGUCCCAUCUUUCCCUCUUCCCUAUUUUCUUUUCCUAUCCUCUCUUCCUCUCUCUGUCUCUCUCAGGAGGCUACCUAUUCCUCAAUUGCAGAAGCUUGUUGAGGUGUUUGAACCGUAGGAUAUUUAGAAACUACCUAUGCAUGUUUAUAUUGUCAAGCUAGGAGAAGGGUUGUUUGUGUAAAAUGACCUAUAACAGUUUUUUUGUUUAUUUAAUAAUAAAAAAAUAUCUGUCUUUGAA